AUGUCGCAGUAUAUCCCGCAGAUUACUUCCCACUCUCUAGCGGACAAGGUGGUCCUCAUUACGGGCGGUGCCAAUGGCAUUGGUGCCAGUCUCGUACAAGACUGCCUUGAGAAAGGCGCCAACGUAUGCUUCGGAGACCUGGAUAAUGUGGAAGGAGAACGACUGUUGAACAAAACCCGCGAGAGGUUCCCUCCUGUCGAGAAUGGACCGGCCCGGGUGGUCUUCCAACCUACCGAUGUCACCAAUUACCAAUCCGUCCUGUCGCUGUUCGACCUGGCCUUUGAGACCUACAAGCGAAUUGACCAUGUGGUGUCGGCCGCAGGAAUCGUCGAGAUCGGGAAUUGGUUCGACUUUGGCUUGACCUUGGACUCUGUCCGUGAGACCCCCACCUCCAAAGUACUGGACGUCAACCUUCUGGGCACCAUGUAUGUUGCUCGCAUUGCCUCGGUCUACCUCCGCCACAACCGGGGCCCCGGCACAGACCGUUCCAUCCUCCUCUUCUCUUGUGUCUCUGGAUUCAAAGAGAGCCCGUCCUUGUUUGUCUACCAGGCGUCCAAGCACGGCGUGCUCGGGCUCAUGCGCUCGCUGCGCAGCUACAUCUCAUCCCCGUAUAAACACUGCAUCCGGAUUAACACCAUCGCCCCCUGGAUCACCGAAACCGAUAGUGUCAAGAAGAUCCAGCACAAAUGGAAGGAGGCAAGCCUGCCCACCAACACCCCCCAGGAGGUCUCUCACAUUGCCGCUGGGAUGCUAGCCGACCGAUCCCUCAACGGCAAGUCCAUGUUCGUGGAAGGAGGCCGCGCAUGGGAAACCGAGGAGAAUGUCGAGCGUCUCGAAUCCCACUGGCUGGGCGAGGAACCAUCCAAGGCCUUGGCUGCCGGACAGGAAUUCCUCGACGACGGCUCCAUCUGGACAGCGAAGCCACGCCAGCGCAGCAGCAUCUCCAAGCAGAAUGGCAUUUUCAACGGACCCAAGAAGAGUUUCAGCAAGGGCGAUUUCACCCCUGUCGCGAAUGGAGUCCACUAA